GGAAGUCAUACAAAAAUACGCACUUUCACUUUGGUGUAUUGCUUAAUCGCAUAUAUUAUAUUGCAAUGUAAUUUGCGGAUUUUUGUUACUUUUGUGACUCUAAUUGCUCAAUCGCAUAUAUUGCAAUGUAAUUUGUGGGAUUUUUACUUCUGCGACUCUACUUGUUCAGAUUUUAUGCCCUAUAUAUAAUCUGGAUAGACCGACUGACUGUGUGAGCUACACUUUAAUACAACUGCUGUACAAGAAAAGGGAAUGAAGAGCUUACAUUGCCUAGAAAUUUUGUGCGCAUUCUUAGGUGUCUUAUCCCUUGUGUCUGCUCAUCAAACAGAUGCUGUCAGUGAGGGAUGGUUGACAGUGACAGUAUUGUCAGUGGCACUGUCAGCAGGUGUUGUGGUGACACUGAUUGUGGUCUUGUUUCAGUGUGGAGGGUGUGUCGGAAUGGAAGUGUCUUCAGAAUCACACCCCGCCUCCGGGGGGAAAACGGCCCAUCCAACCUCUGUUGUCACGGACGCAAACACCCAGGUGCUUAUGUCCUCUCACACUCUCCCAGGUGACGACCCCUAUGGCUCUGGUAGUGGAGGUCAAGGUCUACCUUAUGCACUGAAUCCAAGUGUUCCCAGUGCCCAAGGGUUUACAGGCUAUCAGGCAAUGCCCACUCAGCCCGUCCCCAGUGCCCCAGGUUGGGGAGAGUCAGGGGGUGGUCAAACAAAUGGGUAUAGAUCUCCUGGGCCAGGGGCACAUCGACCAGCCAUGGGCAAUGAACCCCCUCCUCCCUCCUACAACGAAACUAUUAGGGGCAGUGAUGCAUUGUGGUAAACAUUGAUUGAUCAACAUGUAGCUACAGAAGAAGUGUGCAUCCAGUGUUUUGAAUUAGAACAAAGUUUUGCCAGUGGCGUACAGUUCGAUACAUUUGAGUAAAAGAUGGUGAAAUUUAUAAGACUUGGACUACAACCAUGAACAACUACAUUGUAUUACCUGUAUACAUUUUUUUUAUACCAGUAGAACUUAUAAAUUGAGAUCUUGAUUACUGUGGAAUAAUUUGAAUUCAUGGUGGCUCAAUUUUCGUUGUCUUCGUGGGUAGCCCUUCCCCACGAAUUUACAUCCUCGACGAAAACAAAUUUUGAAAGAGUUUGUUACCUUACUGAAACUGAAAACCGACGCAUCUACGAAAUUACAUCCCCAUGAUUAAGCAAAAAACGCACAAUCCACAAAAAUUGGAAUUUAAAUGAUGUUUUAUUUAACUUUGUAAGUUUUUUAAUUUGAUAAAGCAGCAUUUUUCCAUUGUCAAUAGUUUAUCAAUUAAUUUUGACAUUUUUUGUUGGUGCUUGAGUUGUCUACCUUUAGAGGGAUAUCUAUCUACCUUAAUAUUUGAUGUGAAAUCAUUAACUGCUGAACUUUUCCUUUACUGGAUUAUUUUUCAGGUACAUGUCACAUAAGUAGAAUCCACGCUCAGCAAUAUUUUCUCAAUACAGAAAAAAUCCACAGAAAACUACACGUGUAUAUUAUCAAAUUGUGGAGUACUAUUUUUAAAACUGAUGCCUGAUUGUUAUACUGCAAAGGUGCAUUUACUAAUUCCAAAGUGUAGAAAGAAGACAGCUACCUAGUACUCUCAUGUUACCAAUUUUGAAAGGCAGACUUUGCCUGCUUAUUCAAAUUUUUUCAAGGAGAAUUUAAACAAUAUUUUUACGAGUUUUUGUAUCAGUCAUUGGCAAUGAACAGUUAUUAUUACCCAAAUUCCAGAAUUUUUAAGGCACCUGAACAGUUUUUGAGUUAUCAAUUUACCACAUGUAUAUAUUAUCAUUUUAUAUUAGAUUUUAAACUUUCAAACUGCAAUUGAUUUUUAGGUCUGGCUGACCAUCAGGUUAGCCUUGUUCACAAAGUCUUGCCAACAUUAGGGAGAACCAGAUGGGCAUUUUGUCUUAUUACUAGUAUUUUGUUUGGUGACGUAUAAUUAUUGGGAUAAUUUAUUGACUGCAUAUCAAAUGUUUUUUUAGUACAUAAGAUUGUAUGUAACAUCAGGAACCCUGUAUGGUAUGGCAUUGUUAAUUGCCCGUUCUGUGGGAGCUGGUUGGUAUUCAGCCAUUUCACCAGUUUGUAAAGAAACUGACAGGACUGAAAUUUUACAUUUAAAGUAAAAUAACUUGUACAUUGUAAUUAAUUUUUUUUUUUUUUGUAUAUAAACUUUGACAAAAUAUGUUUUGAAAAAUAUGAAAUAUUUAAAAAAAAAAUUGCAUUUGUUUGAAACUGCUGUAUCAUUGGCACAUGAAUAUAUACAUAACAAUGCCAAAGAUAUAAACUAUGUAUCCAGUUGAUUUAUUGCAAGUAGAUUUCUCUGCAAUGUUCCCCAUCAUCCAUAAACCAGUUGAUUAGGAUUAAUAUUCAAAUUAUUGGUAAGUUCCUUACUGUAUUUUUUUUUUAUUAUUGAUGAAUUGCUGUAGAGUAUGGACUGUACUGUUGGGGCGCCUGACUUAUAUACUGCCAGGGCUGUAACCGGACACUAAUGACAGGACACACCUGUCACAGGUAACACACCUGUUGCCCACACCUUAGCUGGGUAGUGUUCCUUUUUUUCUAAUUUUAUACAUAUGUGAUCUGUGAUAUUUAUUACCUAUAUAAAUGUUGUGUUGUUUACAAAAUAAGAUUGAAAAAAUGUACUGGUAUAGUGUUUUUCUAUCCAACAUAGUGUGAAAUGAAAGUAUUUGCAUAAUUUAAGGGGGUUGUGCUUCUCUACAUGUGCUUGCUAUUUUUCUUGUAUAUGCUUUUAUCUCGUUAUAUUGCUCCUUCCAUGUCAUGGUUGUUUUCUGGUAUGUUACUUCUGUUAGUACAAGAUUUGUAUAGUAUAAUCAAACACGACACAAUCCCCCCCCCCAAUUCUUUGAACUAGAUCUGUGUUACUUGAACAUAACCCACUUUUUCAUCCAAUCAGCAGUCGCUUAAUAUUCUAUUAUGAAAUCUUUAAGUUGACAUCGUGACACUUCGAUUGACAGCUAAGAGAGCCGUAAACAAGAGAGAUGGUAUUUGAUUAGUGCAGAACUUUUGAUCAGCCAAUAAAAAUUGAGUUAUGUUCUAAGUACGUUAAAUCAUAUUAAGUAAAGUUAACCCAAUUAAGAAGGUCCUGGCUCGGUCACUUUGUUCCCUCCACCCCCUUCUUAAUUGCUAAAUUUUACUAGCUGCAGGUGUGUAGCUCCCAGUCUGAAAAAAAUUUGGAUCGACGAUUUUUUUUUCUAGACCGGGAGCUACAGACCUGCAGCUAAAGUUUUACUUAAUAUGAUCCAACUAUUAUUAUUCAUCUUCGAAAGUUUUCAUAAAACCUCAUCAUAUUGGGAAAUCUUGAGUGUUUAUUUUUUAUUUAACAUAAUAAACUCCAAGAAGUUGA